AUGGAGCUGGGGUACUUUGCUCUCGCCUUUCCGCCGGGGCUGUGCCGCGGUGCCCCGCAGGCCCCGUACCCCCAGCGAGGGGACGGCGCCUUCCUGGCGCUGGGCACCACGGCCAGCGCCGCGUCCCCGCCGCAGGCAUUGGGCUACGCGGCCGCUGCCCCGGCGGCGCUGGGGCCCGGCUGCCGCCCGUCCCGGGGAGCCGGACCGCCGGCCUACGCCACGUCCAUCCCUCCCGGGAGCGGCCGCUCGCCGCCGCCCGACCCCGAGCGCCCCUGCCCCUGCCUGGGCGCGGGCGGCGGGGGGCUCCGGCACCUCUCGCCCUGCCCCGGGGCCGCCCCCGCGCCCGGCUGCCCGGCUCCCGCGGCGGCCCCGGCGGCGCCCCGCACCUUCGAGUGGAUGCGAGCGAAGCGGAGCCCGCCCGGGAGAAGCGGCGCGGCGCCGUGCGGGGGGGAAGCGCCCGCCUGCUCCGCACGCACCAGCUUCAGCACCCGGCAGCUCACGGAGCUGGAGAAGGAGUUUCACUUCAGCCGGUACCUGUCGCGGGCCCGCCGCCUCGAGGUGGCCCGCUCGCUGCGCCUCCGCGACGCCCAGGUGAAGGUCUGGUUCCAGAACCGCCGCAUGAAGCAGAAGAAGCGGGAGCGGGAGGCGCUGGCCGCCCCCGCCGCCGCUGUCCCGCGCGGCCCCUCCUGA